AUGUGUAUUGAAUUAAAUACUUAAUCAAAACAAAGAAUAUAAGGUAUAUUUGGAUGUUAAAGCAAUAUUGAAAGAAAAAUUUAGAAUGAUUUUAAAAAAGUAAUCGAUUUAGCAGAAUUAUUGUAUUAAUCAGAAAAAGGAAAUCUCAUUGUAAUUAAAUUUUCAGAUUUAUUGUUAUUUUGCUUGAUACUAUCAAAUUCAUUUUUCACAAAAAUACCUAUUUAAGAACAAUCAAUAGAAAUUGUAUUAUUUAGAAUCUUACAGGAUUUUACAGACAAUAUAAUUAUAUGUUUAGAUGAAUUAGUAUUCUCUAAUUGGUAUAAUGGAAAUGCAAUACCUUUUAGUUCGGAAUAAUUAGUGCGAUAAGAUUUUGAUUUUAAAGAAUUGAACAAAUAAGAAAUUUAAAGAUAUUAAUGUUAGUAUUCUAGGCUUGAAAAUGAUAUUAAAAAUUGGUAAAUUAUUAAAUCUUAUUCAAUAAUCCCUUAAAUUUACAUAAUAAAAAGGUUAGAAUAGAUUAAAAUUGAAGACUUAUAAAACACUUUUAAAUCAUUUACUUAAACUUUGUUGAUUCAAAUCAUCAGCAAAAAUAAUCAUAGUAUAGUCCCUUUGAUUAAUAUUUUGAAAAAGGAGCAUUAAACUGAUAAAAUUAGAACUCUAAUAAACGAACUAUCAAUAUAAUUAAAUGAGGAAGUACAAUAACAAAGGAAAAAACUAAUCCAAAAAAUCUGUAAUUAAUUAUAGCCCUGGUAUAGCAAAUUCCACUAUGAUGACACAAAAUUGCCAAUAGCAGAGGAGAUUGUGUCAUCAAUAUUCUAGUCGGUUGAAUUUAUUGAAAAUUAACAAUUAACAUUUAAAUUCUAGAACUCUUAAGAUAACAAAAAAUAUGAGAAAUAUUUUAAUGAACAUAAAAAGAUAAUUAAUUUAAAAUUUAAGGAAAUAUAGGGGGAAUUUAUUAAAAAGAUAGACGAAUUAUAUUAAGAAUUAUGUCAAUAAGUAUUGUAUUCAGUAAAGAAAAUUAAUUUCAGAUGCUAUCGUAAUAAGUCUUAGAAUAUAGACAAUAUUAAACCUGAAUUGGAUGAAAUUUAUGAUUAUUAUUUAGAUGGUAGUUUUUUAUAAGAUAGGAAAUAAGAUUAUCAUAUUAAAGAGAUAUUUUAAACUAAAAAUAAAUCUUCCAUUUUUAUAGUUUAUACUUAAAAAAUGGCUUAUAUCUUAUUUUUAUUAUUUUAAGCCCAGAAAGCAAUACUGUAUACUAUUUCGACUAUUACACUUGACCACUUAUUCAUAUUCAAUCAUAAAGAAAAAUAUGUAUAGUAGAUCACAAUUUCCUCAAGAGGCAUAGUAUAAAAUGAUUAAUUUUAUUGUUAUUAAUUGGAUAAUUAAGGUAAUCCAUUUUUAGUAGAUUAAGUUGCAUAUAUUUACACUUGUAAAAAGUUAAUAGUAUUAUCCAAAAAUAACAAAAUCUAUACAUAAUCUGAAAAAGAAUAAUAAUUUCGUCUUAUUAAAUGCUUACAGGAAAUAGGAAAUGAGGUUACUUAAACAGAAUUCACACCCAGCACUAAUCCAACAUAAAAUUACAAAUAAUUAUUAGCCUGUCCAAGUGGCAAAUACUUUUACCUUGCUAAUUUUCAUUGUUGCGAUAGAUAUGACCUUACUGGUAAAAAACUGUAAACAAUACCUAUCAAUGGUCAUGUAAAAAUUAUGUAUGAAUUUUAAAAUGAAGGAAAAAAAUAUGUCUUAAAAAUUUAAUCAAAUUUAUCUCAGCAAAGACAAGAAUAAAAAAGUAAACUUUUGGGCAAUCCUGCAUUGGACAUUGUUAAAGGCUCAGAAAGUAAAUUUGGACCAAAUGCUGAGUUUUUGUAUCAAAAUAAAUUAAGCUAUAUUACUUUAUAUGUUAAAGAAAAUGAAUAGCUUAAAAUGAUGGAUUAUUUUAAGAAAUUGGAUUUGAAGUUUACUAAUUUGAGUAUGAAUGACAGUCAAUACUCUGAGUGUGAUAGGAAUUAAAUAAUUGAUAUUAUAUUUUCAAGAGUUCCUUUAUAGUUUUGUACCAUUGAAUAUGGAACUCUAAUUCCUUUAAAUGAUGGGUUUAGAUAAUUUUCACUAAAUUAAAAGAGUAUAAGUAUAGAUUGUAGAGUCAAAUAAUUACAUCUUGGGUUUUUAGAGGAUUAUUUGUUAGUUGAAGAAAAAAAAAUUUUUGUUGUCGGAAUAAUUGGUAGGCAGUCAUCAGGCAAAAGUUACCUAUUAAAUAGAGUAUUUGGAACAAGAUUUUCUGUUUCAUCAGCCAGAUGCACUGAUGGAGUUUGGGGAAGUUUAGCAAUUGUGGAUAAUUAAAAGUUUUUAAUACUUGACUGUGAAGGUUUAUUUGAUGGAUCUAGAACUGAAAAAGAAGAAGUCAAAAUGCUAUCAUUUAUUAUUGCGAUUAGUGAUGCUACAAUUUUAAACUCAGAUACUUCUUUUGAUAGACAUUAAAAAGAACUUUUUAAUAAUGUAUUUGAAGAAUCACAGUAGCUAAAAGAUGAAAGGUUAUUUAAGGGUUUUCUAUAUAAGAUCAUUAGGGAUGUCAAUUCUUUUAACGCAUUAGAUAACGAACAAAUACGAGAUUUUCCAUUUUUGAAAGAAUUGUUUAGUAAUUAUAUGUCAGUUGAAUAAUUAGUUAAUAAUGAAAAAGAAUUAUUUGAUCAUUAACUUAAGAAAAUAAGAGCCUACCUUUUGUAGAAGUCUAUAGAAUGUAUUCGAUGGAAAAAUGGUAAGGAAUUAAUAUCUAUGGUAAAGGUUGUUCUUUGUUAGCUAGAAUUGUCAGAUACCAAAGAUGCAACUCUAAUAGAUUUUGAAAUCCGAUUGGAAUAAAUUUACUCAGAAAGCAAAAGUCAGUGGUAUAAAUUUACUUUAGAUUAAUAAUAAUAAGGUGAAGAAUUAAGGUUGAAUUAAAGAAAAUAUUAAUUUGAGAUGGAUGAUUUUGAUUACAUAAAAUACAACCAUGUACUUUUGAAAUCAUUAUAUAAUGAUCUCUAGUUAAAGGAUAAUAUAAAUGAUCAUAAAUCAAACUUAUUAGAAGCUAAUAAUUAGCUAAAGAAAUUGAUGGAGCAAAGAAAGAAACAAAUUAUUUAAAAGACUUAAUCUGAAAUAGAAAAUAUCAAUGGUAUGGAACUUUAAGCUAAAAUUGAAGUGGAAAAUUCCAAACUUGAAGACUUUUUUAAAAUUUAAUUUGAUCGAUAUUAAUUUUGUUAAAAUAAAUGCAAUGAAUGCUUUUUACCUUGCAAAUAUUUCAACAAUCACAUAGAGCAUUUUGAAUCAUUGAAAAAAAAACUUGAAAAUGAAAUCGAUAUGUUAGAAUAGCAAAGAAACAAUUCUUCAAUACAAAAUUAAAAAGAGGAGAUGAUGGAAAGAAAUAGCUUAAUUUCCAUUUCGCAAAAAAUUGAAGAAAUUGGAAUUAAUUUAUUUCUUCUCUCAAACUUAAUUAAGUUAGCUACUAUGUAGGAAUAGAAAGAAUAGCUAAUGAAUAUAGUUUAAGAGUUUAGUUUUUUCAACGUUUAAAGAGUUUAAUAAAAUGGCAUGAACUUAGAAUCAGAAAAUGAAAAUAUGCAAAUUGCAUUUGAUAUUAAAUUUAUAAAUGAUGAAUAAAGGAAGACUAAAAAUGAGUUGAAAACAUAAGGUGAUAAACUUAUUAAAAUUAUAUAAGAGAAAGAAGAGGUUCAGUAGAAAUACUCAGAUCUUAAAUAUUAAUGUAAUUAAAUUGAAUUACAAAUACAAAUUUAAAUUGAUAAAAAUAACUAAUAAAUUGGAAGCUUAAAUUCUGAGAAAUCAAAAAUAAGCGAAGAAAUAAUAAAAAUCGAAAAUGAAAUUCUAUAAUUGGGCGGCUAUUAUAAAGAGAAUGAAAAAAAUCAAAAUGAUAAUAAAAUAAAAGAACUAAAAGAAAAAUUACAUGAUCUUAGAGAGGGAAUCAAAUUUUUCUAAUAAAGUAAGAAUGAAAAUUAAAGAUUAUUGGAAUAAUAUACCAACAUGCCCUAACAAUUAUUUUUGUAAGUAUAUUAAUAGAAGUUGGAUAAAAAUAAAGAGCUAUAUGAUAACCUCAGAAAAAUAAAGGAAAAGAAAAGUUAUUUAAAUAAAAAUAAAACAAAAAUUACUGAGUUGAAUGAAGAAAUAGAAGAAUUAUCAUUGGCUAGAUAUAGAAACAGAAUUAUGAUCGAGGAUCUUAGAUAAGAAUUGUCAUAGCCUCAAUUCUAAAAUAUUGAGAAUUAGCUUGAAUAUUGUAAUAAAGAAGAAUUAUAAUUAAAGGAAUAAAUUGAUGCCUUGUAUUUUUCCAAAAUCAAUCUUUUUGAGCAAUGUAUGGAGAAAUAAGUUGGUUAGGAAGAAUAGGUAGAAAGUUUUAAUAUCAAAGAUAAUUUCUUAUUGUCAAUCCAAUCAGAAAUUACUUAUUAUGAGAAUGAGAUAAAAAGAUUGUCGCAGGAAAUUGAAAUUGUAAAUUAAGAAAUCUCAGAAUCUUAAAUAAUUGUUGAUAGAUAAACCAAGCUUAAUUAUUUACAGGAAAAAAAGUUAAUUAAAGUAAACUAACAUAUUAACCUUGAGACUUAGAUAAAUUAAUUGAAAAAAUCAUCUAUUGAUUAAUCAGAGAAUUUGAUUGCAUUGAAAGAUCAAUCGCUUAAGGAAUAAUAAGAAUUAAAUAGCUUGAAAGAAUAUGAAAACAAUUUAAUUAAUAAGGAAUAAGAAAAAUAAGAGUAAAUUACAAAAAUUGACAAAUAUUUGAAAGAAUUGAGAGAUUUAGAGUAGCAUUUGAAAGAAAAACAGGUUUUAGAUUAAGAAAUGUAAAAAUUUGAAACUUUACUUAAAGGCUGGGAAGGGAGAGAUAAUUAUACAAAUCUUAAGCUUAAGGAUUUAUAACAGGAAUAUCAAAAAAUGGAAGAAAAAAAAUAAGUCCUCUUAAUUUAAUAACAAAACAAAAAAAGGAUUUUAGAAUGUUACUAGAAAGUAGAAACAAGUGCUGAAAAAUUAGACUCUUUAAAAUAUAAUUUGUUAGAAUUAGUAGAAUUAAAUUCGCAUGUGCAUUCUUGUUUGAGUGACCACAAAUGCGAUUAAAUUUGCAAAGUAUGUCCAAAUAAGAAAUGCGAAAAUAAGGCUGGUCAUAAUGAGUCAUAGUAUCAUUUGUGUUCCUUGAAAAAUCAUAAAUGCAAUAUCAAAUGCAGCAUAACUUAAUGUUAAGUCAAAUGCAAUCUAGAAUUAAACCAUACUGAAUAACAUAACUGCACUAAUGUUCAUCUAUGUGGAGAAACGUGUUAGUAUUGUAGUAAGAAAUGCAAAACAGAUAGGACAACAAAACAUUAAAACCAUAUAUGCGAAGAAAGUUAUUGCAUUUAGAAUUGCGUAUUAUGUGAAAGGAGAUGUAAAAAUAAUCAUGAACAUUCAUAAUAUCGUAAUUCCUAAAAUUAAAAUCACUUCUGCGGAGAUUAGCAUGAGUGUUAGGAAUUUUGUUAAGAGAAAGGAAUAUGCUAAAUAACAUAUACUUAAGUUGAAAUUAUGUGGUAAUCAAGAUUCUCUUACAUUAAAUAUAUUCCUUAAAGUAACGAAAAAAAGAAAUGUUGUAGAAACAUUAAACCAUAGUAACUUAAUCAUAAUUAAAUACAUAGUUGCAUGAUAGAGACAGAAAAAUAAUUUCAUUUAUGUGAUUAAAAAUGUCCUGAAUGUAAUAAAAUUUGUGAUUUGAAAUAUGGCCAUUCUGGGCAUCAUUCUUCCCAAAUCCAUAUAAAUAAAGAAUUUUAGAUAUUUACAAUAAAAUAGGGGGAGGAAUUUAAAUUAAUAAUAUAGGAUUAGAAUAAUAAUGUUGCUAGACAGUAUUAAAUUGGAGAGCAAUCUACUCCAGAAACUUGUGAUCAGAGUUGUAGGAGAAGAGGAAAAAGUCAUUAUCAUUUGAUUGAAUGCAAAGGGGAAAGUUAAUGCCUAGAAAAAUAAAUAGGUAUUAGAGCUAGACACUCAAAGGAGAAAUAUGAAGGAUUUUAACAUCUGAAUUUUGAUGAAGUAUUAUGUAUAGACUAUUGGGAUUAUAAAGGAUGGGCCCAUCCAAUCCCAAAGGAAACAUAAAAUAUAGGUCUAUGUAAUUAUUACUGCCCAAUAUGUAAAAAAAUAAAUGGUGAAUAUCAAUUUUGUUGUCAAUAAGCUUGGCAUAGUUAAGAUAACAAGAUAUCCUCCCAUAAAUUUCCAUGUUCAUCAACUCACAAAGUAUAAUUCAUAUAAGGAAUUAACAUAGCUUUUGUUAUUGAUACAACAGGAUCAAUGUCAUAAUAUAUUGAUAACUGUAAAGAAGUCAUCAAAAGUAUAAUGCAAAAAACAAAAGAAAAUCAUAAUAUUGAGAUGAAAUUUGCAAUUGUAUCAUAUAAGGAUCAUUAGAAUCCAUAUGAUGAGUUGUAAAAUGUUGUGAAUAUUUGUUAAUUUACUUCAUAUUCCCUUGCCAUUAGUUUUUUGAAUUCAUUAUCGGCAGAAGGAGGUGAUGAUGAACCUGAGGCUGUUUUAGAUGGUCUGGAUGCUUCUUUAGAGUUGAAUUGGAAUGGUAAUUAUUAAAAUUUGUUAUACUUAAUUGCAGAGGCACCUCCACAUGGAAAAUAAUAUCAUAAUUUCGGAGAUUCUUUUCCAGAUGGCUGCCCUUGUAAGAAAACAUAAGGACAAAUUUUCUAUUAUAUCAGAAAUAAAAAGAUUUAAGUUAAAGUUAUGAAAUUAAAUCAAAAAAUUGAAGGAAUGAUUACAUAAUUUAAAGAAGAUUAUCCUGACUUAAUGGUAAUUGCACCUGAUGACGAUUAGGAUAUUACAUUCUAAAAUUUAAUUGUUGCGGACGUAUGUGAAUAUUUGAAACCUAAUGAAAUAACAUAUUAGAUGCUAUGA